AUGGCCAUCCAAUACCUCAUUCUUCUCUCCCGUCAGGGCAAAGUGCGUCUGGCAAAGUGGUUUACCACGUUGUCGCCUAAGGAGAAGGCCAAGAUUGUCAAGGACGUCUCCCAGCUGGUUCUGGCUCGCAGAACUCGCAUGUGCAACUUCUUAGAGUACAAGGACUCAAAGAUCGUAUACCGCCGAUAUGCCUCGCUCUUCUUUAUCGCCGGUGCCGCCUCCGAAGACAACGAACUGAUCACCCUCGAGAUCAUCCACCGCUACGUCGAGCAGAUGGACAAGUACUACGGAAACGUGUGCGAGCUUGAUAUCAUCUUCUCGUUCACGAAAGCAUACUACAUCCUGGACGAGCUGUUGUUGGCAGGAGAACUGCAGGAGAGCAGUAAAAAGAACGUGCUACGGUGUAUAUCGCAGCAAGACUCGCUCGAGGAUAUGGAGGUCGAGGACGAGGUUACAAAGAUCAUGUAA